UUGGCUGUGGGGAAGCCAGAGCCAAUCAGAAGUGAGAAAGCCUGAUCCCGGGGCGGGGCUGGAGCUUCGGCGGUUGAACCGCUCGCGCGGCGGGGCGGCGGCGGCGAAGCGACACUGGCCAUGGACCAGCCGGCCGGCCUGCAGGUGGACUAUGUCUUCCGGGGUGUGGAGCACGCCGUGCGGGUGGUGGUGUCGGGACAGGUGCUGGAGCUGGAGGUGGAGGACCGCAUGACGGCUGACCAGUGGCGGGGCGAGUUCGAUGCCAGCUUCAUCGAAGACUUGACUCACAAGACAGGGAACUUCAAACAGUUCAGCAUCUUCUGUAACAUGCUGGAGUCGGCCCUCACCCAGAGCAGCGAAUCAGUCACCCUUGACCUGUUGACCUACACAGAUCUGGAGUCCCUGCGGAACCGCAAGAUGGGGGGCCGCCCGGGUCCCUCAGCCGCGAGGUCGGCCCAGCUCAACUCCAAGCGCUACCUGAUUCUCAUUUACUCCGUGGAGUUCGACAGGAUUCACUACCCGCUGCCCCUCCCGUACCAGGGCAAGCCGGACCCCGUGUUCCUUCAGGGCAUCAUCCGCUCACUGAAGGAGGAGCUGGGCCGCCUUCGAGGGCUGGACGGCCAGGACCCUCGGGACACCCGGGAUUCUGAGCUCUGGCACCUGCGGGAGCAGGUGUCGCGCUUAGCUUCGGAGAAGCGGGAGCUGGAGGCCCAGCUGGGCCGAGCGCGCGAGGAGGCGCUGGCCGGGCGGGCGGCGCGCCAGGAGGCCGAGGCGCUGCGCGGGCUGGUGCGCGGCCUGGAGGCGGAGCUGCGGCAGGAGCGGGAGCGCGGGCCCCGCGGGUCGGGCCGCCGCGGCCAGGACUGUCGCCGCCUGGCCAAGGAGCUCGAGGAGGUGAAGGCGUCUGAGCGGAGCCUGCGCGUCCGGCUGAAGACGCUGAACAGCGAGCUGGCCGCCUACCGGAGGGGGAGACGGGCUUCGCCGGUGGUGCCGCGCCCAGCCCGGGAGGACCGGGCGUCGUCGUCCAGGGAGCGGUCCACUUCGCGUGGCCGCGGCGCCCGUUCUUCUUCCCGGGAGAGUGGCCGCGGGGGCCGGGGCCGAGGCCGCCCUGCCCGCACCUCGCCCUCGCCCUCAGGUGGUCGCUUGCCCCGUUUUGACCCCACAGCCUUCGUGAAAGCCAAGGAGAAGAAGCUGCGGGAGAUCAAGAUGAAGCAGCAGCAGCGGAACCGAAUGGGCAGCGGAGGAAGCGGGGACGGGCCGUCCAUCUCCUGGGCUCGCCAGACUCGCCCCCCUGCUGCUGGGACCGGCCGAGGGGACGCGGCUAACCGCCCCCGGAACCGCAGUUCCUCCGUGGACAGUUUCCGCAGCCGCUGCUCGUCAGCCAGCUCCUGCAGCGAGUUCGAGGAUUUCUCCGAAUCCCUCUCUAGAGGCAUUCGCCGCCACCGUGGGAAGGGGCCCAGCUCCACAACCUUGAGUGGGUCCAAUACGUUGCAGAAGUUCACCCCCAUGGAACGUGGCCGUCGACCGAAGCAUCUGGCCAGUUCUGGGGGCUGGGUCCCCAUCAAAGAGUACAGCUCUGACUACCAGGCAACCGACAUAGCAGAAAUAGACGCCCGGUUGAAGGCCUUGCAGGAAUACAUGAACAGACUGGACACACGGUCAUGACCUUGAGAAGGAGCACUGCCCCUCUAUCCCUUACCCACCAAUGGAUUGGUAUGGGGGGCGGGGCUGGUGUGUCCUUCCAGCCCCGCCCAGGCCCCGCCCCUCCUGGUGUUCUUGGGGUUCUCAGGUGUGUGAGGCCCCUACCCCUCUCCCUCUCCCAGGCAUUGCAUGCUGGGAGGGAGGGUCUGUGUAUUUUGUAAAUAAACAUAUUUACCCUUGGGA